GCUUAUUUAACUCGAUUCCGAAUCUUUGUAAAUCGACAGGGAAACAUUUGAUUACAAAGGCAAUGAAGCAUGUGGGCUAGUCGUGUCCUCUUCCACCCAAAAUAUAUAUUUCCUGCCCGUCCACGCUCAAGGGAGAGUUCUUGCGAUUUCUCAGGCUUUGAAUGCUCUGUUUACCAAUAUCGAAUCAACCCAAGAUUGUCUUUUUGAAGUACCCGCAGUUUUUUUGACCCGUCCUUUCCGUUUCUUUAUUCAUUGCUCUCCAAAAGCUUUCUUUGCUUGGCUUCUUCCCAUCUGUUUUGGCAGUUUUCUUGAUGGUUCUUGCUUGAUUGAAACUCCGCGAAGAGCUCGAGCGGCUUUAAAUGGAGGACGGUGAGAUUGUCAGGAGGAAGUUCCAGAGGGUCUGCGUGUUCUGCGGGAGCAACUCUGGGCACAGACAAGUAUUCAGCGAUGCAGCUCUUGAACUGGGCGAUGAACUGGUGAAGAGGAAGAUGGAUUUGGUUUAUGGUGGAGGGAGUGUUGGGUUGAUGGGUUUAAUUUCCCAGAAAGUGUUUGAUGGAGGGUGCCAUGUUUUGGGGGUGAUUCCUAAAGCUCUCAUGCCCCUUGAGAUAUCUGGCCAGACUGUUGGGGAAGUACGGACCGUCCUUGACAUGCAUGAGCGCAAAGCUGUGAUGGCUCGUGAAGCAGAUGCCUUCAUUGCUCUUCCUGGAGGAUAUGGAACAAUGGAAGAAACUUUGGAAAUGAUAACAUGGUCCCAGCUUGGCAUUCAUAAGAAACCUGUUGGUCUCCUGAAUGUUGAGGGGUACUACAAUAGCCUGCUUGCUUUAUUCGACAAUGGUGUCAAAGAAGGUUUUAUCAAGCCCAGUGCUCGGGAUAUAGUGCUCUCUGCUCCUACUGCCAAAGAGCUUAUGAUAAAGAUGGAGCAAUAUAACCCUUCCCAUGAGCAUGUUGCUCCUCAUGAGACUUGGCAGAUGCACAAGCUUGGUGAUUAUCCAAGGCAAUAAAUUGCACAGGAGGCUCACAUACAAUGGAGGCAUUUUUCACGAUUGGGUUCAUGAUGUCAAUCAUUAUUCUUUUGAGUCGUUUGAAAGAGCUUAUUCACACGGGCCCAGAUAUUGUUUGUUCCUGCUAGGGACUGCAUCCCCAGCUAGCUGUUUCCCGGCACGAGUUGGUAUGGUCAAAUGUAGAACUGUUCUGCCAUCAUAUCAAUUGGUCGAUACUCUAUAUACAAGAUAUGCAUUUUGAAAAUUCUAAGGAGAUGAUUGUUGCUUUUGUAUCG